ACUUUGUCUUACGAGAAAGAACGUGACUUUUACACCGCCAUUUUGGAUCAGACGGCGUUGGAAAUAAAAGGUUUGUUUUUAAUCUCUUAUUUCUCAAGACUGAGUUGCUAACUAAUAAGUCCAUGAUAAUGAUAAAUAGUGAAAAAAUAAAAAAAUGCUAAACAAAAGUGUAUGUUGAAGCUUAUCAUACUUAGAUUUAGAUGUUAUUAGUACUAUACUCUUUGACCGGGCAUUGCUAAAAAGACUAUUUCUGUUGAUAAAAUCAUAUUAAUCUUCUGGAUAACGAAUAGCUGAAGACUUUCGGAUACACUCUUAUAAUCAUAUUGAGGGUUACAACUGAAUAUUUCCAACUUUAUUAUUGUUUGUCCUUGGUUAAGGUCGGAGUGUCGUCUGCUAAAGAGAAAUCGUGUCUUAUUUAGAAUUCAGGAAUUAAUUUAAAAAUCUUGUUCUUUUUCUGUUAAAUUUUUCAGUUAUUAUUUCCUUGAAUUCAAAACACAAAAAGUUGGUCUUUAAUUAUAAUUUUGUAUCUUAUAGAAUAGGAAUAUGGCAUUCCAACUAUCAAGACACGCAAUUACCAUCUCCCGUCGAGCACUCUCUACCAGCCUCGUCAAGUCUCAAUCUGCCAAGGCUCCCGCUUUGAAUCAAGAGCAAGUGGACAGUUACUAUCCAAAAAUAGGCAACCGAGAUAUCGUUGGUUUUGGAUUCAAUGGAAAUCCCAACUACCAAGAUAGACCAGAAUUUCCUGCUCCAGCAGUCCGUUGGGCCCCCAAUACUGAAGAAAUACAAGCUCUUAGGCAGAAGGAAGCUGGUGAUUGGAGUAAACUUUCAAUGGAAGAAAAAAAAGCCUUAUAUAGGGCUAGCUUCAGACAUACUUAUGCCGAAAUGAAGGCCCCAACUGGAGAAUGGAAGAGCAUUCUUGCAGGAACUUUAUUAGGAUGUGCUGUAGCCGGAUGGUUUAUGGUUUGGCUUAAAGCUUAUGUAUAUCCUUCCUUGCCUGUAUCUAUCACUGACGAAUGGAAGGAGGACAUGUUAGAGAAAGCAAUUAAACAACAGCAGAAUCCUGUCGAAGGUGUUGCAUCUAAAUGGGAUUAUGAAAGUAAUCGUUGGAAGAACUGA